UCCCCAUCUUCAUCUUCCUCUUCCUCUUUCCUUGUCCGCCAUUUCCACCAGCUUUCUUCAACCAAGCAGGCAGCCACAACCUCACUGCAACAAUGGCCUCCAGCUUUAAGAAUUGCAUGCUUUGCUGCUCGUCCAAGGUUACGGAAGACAUGGCGGAAGAGUCGUACGAGGAAGCGAUUGCCGGACUGACAAAGCUUCUCAGUGAGAAAGCGAAUCUUCAGGAGGCCGCCGCCGUAAGGAUCCGGCAAAUAACUGCCGAGUUGGCCGGGUCCACCGCCGAGUCUGAUGGGUUCGACGCUGUGGAUAGGAUCAAAACCGGGUUCACACAUUUCAAGAAAUCCAAAUUCGAGACGAAUCCUGAUCUGUUUGGUCAACUAGCGAAAGGGCAGAGCCCGAAGUUUUUGGUAUUUGCGUGUUCGGAUUCCCGAGUUUGCCCUUCACACAUACUCAAUUUCCAACCUGGGGAGGCCUUUGUGGUCCGAAACAUCGCCAGCAUGGUCCCACCAUUUGACACGACUAAAUAUUCUGGGACGGGAGCUGCAAUUGAAUAUGCUAUAUUGCAUCUUAAGGUGGAGAAUAUAGUUGUGAUUGGACAUAGCUGCUGCGGUGGCAUUAAGGGCCUGAUGUCCAUCCCAACCGAUGGAACUCUUUCCAGUGAGUUCAUUGAAAACUGGGUGAAAAUAUGCACUCCUGCCAAAGCUAAGGUCCAAUUAGGUUUCACCGACUUGAGCUUUGAAGACAAAUGCACAAACUGCGAGAAGGAAGCUGUGAAUGUUUCCCUUGGAAACUUGCUGACAUACCCUUUUGUAAGAGAAGCUGUCAUCAACAAGCAACUGUUCAUAAGGGGUGCACAUUACAACUUUGUCUCUGGAGAUUUUGAGCUGUGGAAUCUUGACUUUAAUAUUUCUCCUUCUCUAGUUGUCUGAAAAUACCAUACAAUACCCUCCUGGACGACGACGUUAAUCAAACACGGUCGACCAAUUAUUUUUUAGUUUCUUCCCUUUCAGCAAUGUGUCUGUAUUCUGCUGCUGUCAUAGUAUAUGAGGCUAAGGAAGCACUUAUUUAUACUUGCAAGGAUGAUCUGCGCAACUAUCUUCCCCUCCAAAAUAAGAGUUUUUUCUUCAUUUUCCUUUUGUUUCCCUUUGUCUUGGAAGUGUUUCCUGUAAUGGGGAUAUCCCCAUCACUUUUGUACUAUUACAAACAAUAACUAUAAUGAAAUGGCUUGCUUCAUUCUCU